UUCCGGGAGUCGAUUGCUCUUGGCUGGCAGGAGGUGGAGCUGAUGGCCGAGCUGGCUGUCUUAGUGUAGGGGGCCUGGCGUUGCUGAGCCGGGUGUACAGGGCUGCAGGAUGUUGGACUUCGCUAUAUUUGCCAUCACCUUCCUCCUGAUCCUGGUGGGAGCGGUGCUGUACCUGUACCCGUCUUCCAGACAAGCAUGUGGUAUACCUGGCUUUGCUCCUACAGAAGAGAAAGAUGGAAAUCUGCAAGACAUUGUGAACACGGGAAGUUUACAUGAAUUCCUGGUUAACUUGCAUGAGAAGUUUGGACCUGUUGCUUCCUUCUGGUUUGGUCGGAGACUUGUUGUCAGUCUUGGAUCCUUAGACGUCCUAAAACAACACAUAAACCCUAACAGAACAUCUGAUCCAUUUCAGAUGAUGCUGAAAUCUCUCUUGGGUUACCAAUCCGGAGUUAUUGGAGAAGCAGCUGAAAGUCAUAUACAGAAAAAGCUUUAUGAGAAUGGAAUAAACAAAUCUUUACAAAGCAACUUCAGUGUAAUAAUUAAGCUUUCAGAGGAGUUGCUGGCAAAGUGGAGUUCCUACCCUCAUUCUCAACAUGUCCCCUUAUGCCAGCAUAUGCUUGGGUUCGCCAUGAAAUCUGUCACUCAGACUGCAAUGGGAAGCGGCUUUGAAGAUGAACAAGAGGUCAUUCGUUUCCGUAAAAAUCACGAUGAUAUUUGGUCUGAGAUUGGAAAGGGUUUCCUUGAUGGCUCAAUAGAAAGGAGUCCCAGUCGGAAAAAGCAGUAUGAAAAUGCUCUGAUGGAGAUGGAAGCUCUGCUAAAGAAAGCUAUUAAAGAGCGACGAGGGAAAAAUCUUGGACGUCAUGUGUUUGUGGACGCCUUACUACAAGGGAACCUUAGUGACAAGCAGGUCUUAGAAGACAGUAUGAUAUUCUCUUUAGCAGGAUGUGUGAUAACUGCAAAUUUGUGCACAUGGGCCAUUUAUUUCUUAACAACCGCAGAAGGUGUUCAGGAAAAGUUGUACAAGGAAGUGACCCGGGUCCUUGGGAAAGGGCCUAUCACAGUGGAGAAAUUGGACCAGCUCAGCUAUUGCCGGCAGAUAUUGUGUGAAACCGUGAGGACAGCAAGGCUAACCCCAAUCUCUGCACGUCUACAAGAACUAGAAGGGAGAGUAGAUCAGCAUAUUAUUCCUAAAGAGACACUUGUUCUCUAUGCUCUUGGUGUUGUUCUCCAAGACAGCAUGACCUGGCCAGCUUCAUACAGAUUCAACCCAGACAGAUUUGAAGAGGAAUCUGCGAAACAAAACCUUACUUUGCUGGGCUUUUCAGGAAGUCAGGAGUGCCCGGAGCUUAGGUUUGCCUACAUGGUGGCAACAGUCCUUCUCUGUGUCCUUGUACGGAAACUGCAUCUGUUACCUGUGAAAGGUCAAGUGAUGGAGACCAAAUAUGAGCUAGUGACUUGUCCUAAAGAAGAGGCAUGGAUCACGGUGUCAAAAAGAAGCUAAGCCAACAAGUCAGUGGACUUCAUGGUCAGCUGAAGAGCCCAGAAACAUUUGGGAAAACAGAUGUCCAUUUUCUAGCAGAUGAAGGUUGAGACAAUAUUGGCUACAUUGUCUGCCUUUAUUAAUCUGUUGUAAGGAACUUUUUUUUUUUUGCAUGGUAAAAUGAGUGCACUAUGAGAACAGUGGAACCAGUGUUAAUGCAGACAAAGCUGAUUUACCCACAUGUUCUAAAUCGCUGACCAAAUCCUUUUAAUAUAUUUGUCCUGAAAUAGCAUUACAACCUUGUCCUAGAAUGGACAAUUAUCCAGUUAUUGGUAUAAAGCAAUAUUUCGUAAUGCAGUCACUGCCAUUUUUGUCUAGAUCCAGAUGGAAACUUUUUACAACACGCAUAUUCCUAACUCGCAAUAUCUGUAUAUUGUUUUGUAGGGUUGAAUUUUAAAGUGCUUGGUGAGCCACUGACCUCAUAUGAGCAUUUACAUAUCAAGAGUUCCAAAAUAUUUCAUUGGCCUAAUGUAAUGGUGGGACAUCAGAAUUGCAGACAUUUGAUCUAAGAAGUAUGUCUCAUUAAGCAGUCAAGUGUUUUUCCUGUUCUGGGGCAUCGGCAGUGAAUGGGCCUAUAAUAUAAAGCUCACAAUUUUAUGGAAGAGUUGGUUUAAUCAUCUUAUGCCUGACGUUACCAUGAUAUUUACUUCUGAUUCAUGUGACAUUUUAUACAACCUUUGAGAAACCACAGUCAAAGGUUGAGAUUGCCUUUUCUUGGCUCAGAAAUGGAAAGUAGCAAACGACUUCCACAGAAAUUCCUAAUGUGUGUUCAAGGAGUUCUAAAGCAGACCUAAGAAGGUUCUAAUAAGAGUGCUGGACUGUUUGUGUUCUAGCCUUGGCAAAGUAUCAUCUUUCUCUUCUGGCCAUGUGCAUUUUGUUUUAUAUUGCUUAUAUAUGAUGGAUUCCAUAAAGUUUGCCACUUUUUUCCUCAACCAAACUGUUAAUGGAGAAGAAGCAACACUAAUUUUGGCUUGCCUUACAUUUGGACAAAAUGUGUUCCUAUUUUUAGUAGGCAGAUCAGUUGCAUUCCAGUGUGAACUAUUCUUUGAACUUUUCGGUUGUAACGCAUAACGCUUUGGCGAAGCUUAUCUGGAUCUCGGGCAAAUCCAGAACAUCUUUUCCAUGCACGGCAAAUUUUCAAGCCAUCAAUAUGGAGUGCCCAACAUUACUGAAUUGCCUACAUCUUCACUGAAGUGCAUAAUGAAUCUAAGAAGGACAGCUGCAUUAUUGCCAUGUUCCAUAUCGAAAUAUAUGCUUACUUCUAGGUGUAGCUGGCCCUUUAAUAUAAAUCAUGUUGCUGUUGAUAUGGAUCAAUCACUAGGAGCGAUAUCUUACAAUUGAUAAACCUACUGUGCCUUUUCAGACAUGUCUUCUUUGUAAACACCACUGCCAUGUAAAUUUAUUUUUAUCUAUGAACAAAAUGACUGUGGAAAAAAAUAUACAAAAAUGUAAUCUGUUAUUUGUUUUGUGUGUAUUUGGGAAAGACAUUUGUUAUGAAUACAUAAUGCUAACCUGUG